GUAUCCGGUAAUAGGCCUAUAUAGACUAUUCGAUCAAACAAAUCAUAGAUACUCUGCAAUAUUAUUUUUAAGACAGUCUACGAUAAAAAUUGACAUAAGUUCAAUGAAGACAGAGAGUGUGGCGCAAAACAUUCCGUUCGUCGGCAGAAAGCGAAGUCUGAUCGAAGAUGCCCGGAAAGAGCGCGCCAGCGGUUCAUCUUCCCCUGGCCCAUCGCGGGGCGGUGAAAACUUUGUGUUUGAGGAAAAGGAAGGAACAGUGACACUGAACAUUCUUUUCGCACUCAGCCAUGAGAAGAAUGCAGGGUUCUUUAAAACUGGCAAAGUCUUUGAGACGUUUGAAGCUAAGCUUCUGCAUAUUGAGAGCCGACCAGGGAGGAAGUCUAAGAACAGUGGCUGUGAUGAUCUGGAGUUCUUUAUGAGGUGUGAAGUGCACAUCUCGGACACAGACAUCUUCAUCAACUCACUCAAGAGAGUCGCCGACGACGUACGCACCAUCCCAGAGGAAAAAGUUCCCUGGUUCCCCAGAAAGAUCAGAGAUCUGGAUAAAUGCAACCUGUUGAUAACGAAAUAUGACCCAGAUAUGGACCAGGAUCAUCCAGGAUUCAGUGAUCCAGAAUACAGAAAAAGAAGGUGCUUCAUCGCUGAACUUGCAGCAAAUUACAGACAGGGGGAACCAUUACCCAGAGUGGAGUACACACCAGAGGAGGUGGCCACAUGGAAAGAGGUGUACCGGACCCUGAGGACCAUCUACCCUGACCUGGCAUGCAGACAGUUCCUGGGUGGGCUGCAGCAGCUGGAGCGGGAGUGUGGCUACGGAGAGGACAGUAUCCCCCAGCUCCGGGAGGUCUCUGCCUUCCUCAGAGAGAAGACAGGCUUCCAGCUGCGUCCGGUGGCAGGGCUACUCUCCGCCAGAGACUUCCUAGCUAGCCUGGCCUUCAGAGUGUUCCAGUGUACCCAGUACAUCCGCCACGCCUCCGCACCCAUGCACUCCCCGGAGCCAGAUUGCUGUCAUGAGUUACUCGGCCAUAUUCCUAUGCUUGCAGACAAAGAAUUUGCCCAGUUUUCCCAGGAAAUUGGCCUAGCCUCACUGGGAGCAUCAGACGAGGAUAUUGAGAGACUCUCAACUUUGUACUGGUUCACGGUGGAGUUUGGACUGUGUAAGCAGAAUGGAACUGUGAAGGCAUAUGGUGCCGGCCUCCUGUCCUCAUAUGGAGAACUCAUUUAUGCUCUCUCUAACGAACCUGAGUACAAGCCAUUCAACCCAGAGGAGACAGCAAUCCAGCCUUACCAGGACCAGACUUUCCAACCUGUCUACUUUGUCUCAGAAAGCUUUGAGGAUGCCAAGAUUAAGAUGAGGCGGUACUCGUCGUCCAUCCAACGGCCCUUCUCUGUCCGGUACGACCCAUUCACUUGCAGCCUGGAGGUUCUGGACCAACCCAGUAAGAUCCAGCAUGCCCUAGGCCAGAUGAGAGACGACCUGAAGAUACUCCAAAGUGCCCUGGAGAAACUGGGCUGAGGGCCUCAACACUGAGCCAGAGACUCAGGGAGUGAAACUGAUACAUACCUCUGGAGGGGUGGAAAGGGGAAGCCAUUUUGGGUCUUUAAAAGUGCAAUCUGUCAUUUCUCUGUGUGGCCAUGGGGCCAAAUGCACAAACAAUCAAUGCUCAAAUUGCACAAAAUACAGUAGUUCCAUUUAAGGCAAUCAGUUGAAUAUCCACCUCUUCAAUCCUGCUGGGCUAAUACUUGCAUUAUUAUUAUUGUAUUUUUUAGAGACUAAACUAGAUUUAGCAUUUAAAAAUGGAUGUGAAAUACUGUGUAUAUAUUUAGUUAACUGAAAAACAUAAUUUAUAUUUACAUGCAAGAUUCAUUAAUAUUUCCUGGUUGAGUGCAUGUAUUGAUAUGUACAGUGACGUUAUACAUGUAUUGUGAGGAGAAUGUACAAAGUAAUACAUUUUAUUUUUUUCAGUCCAAUCACAAAGGGCAUGAAAGAGAGAGACACACACAUGGGGGUAGGAAAUGUACAGGCUGAAUAUGUCCGAGAAUGUUUAUCUUAGUAGAGAGAUUACAGAGAAAAACUUUAGAAUGCAUGUGUAAAAUAGUGAUCAGAAAGAGAGCAUGGAGGGAGAUCAAGGAAAGAGACAAAAAAGUAUACAAAGUCUGUGCAUUUGCGUUUGAGAGAGCAAGCGAGCAAGAGACAGAGCGAGAGGGAACAUGAACAUCAAAGAGGGUGGGAGUACUACAAUAUAAGCCCAUGUGCCACUGCCUCCCAUUCCAAACCAACUGUUUCCAUUUAGAAAAUUCUUGGAACCCAUUUGUCUUCACGUGUUAUUAAGUAAAGGGAAGGAGCUAAUUAUGAAUGAUUUAAAUAUCAUGUUUCCUCAGCUGGCUACUGUCAGAGCCAGUACUGAGGCCCAGUGGAUCUAAAGCUGGACUUGGUCACACAGACCUCACAGUAUAACACUACACAGUCAGUAGGGUUUCACAACUGGCAUGAUAAACUCUCUCCAUCGCCUCUCUCUUCCUCUCUCUACCUGUGGGUUCAAGGGGUAAUAGAUGCCUUGUUUCUGUAUCAGUGACAAUGUGUCUGCACUAGAGUUCACCCGUAUUCAUUUUAAAGCCAGAACGCAAAUUGGUUCAUAGAUCUACUCCGACUGUAAAACAUCAUGAUGUACACAGUGGCUGUGAAAGCCUCCGACCACCUAGAGUGGGAGGCCUUCCUGUUCAAUUAUUCCAGUGUAAAUCAAACAUGGUUCACUUUACUCACAGAGAAACACAACCUCUCCAGUGGAGAGAAAAUGGUGCACAGAGCCGAAGAUUGAUCUACAAUACCGCUCGACUUGAGUGCAGCAGUGCACACAUAUCCACUUGCUUAACCCAAAUUCAAACACUUAAUAAUUUUGCAUCUCUCAGCUUACAUCCAGCACAGCUCGAAUCCAAAAAUCCCCCCCCCCCCCCCCAGAAAAUCACAGACCACUGGGAUCCAAAUCUGCUGAGGCCCCUAAACACAAAAGGGGUUGCCAUGACGAUACGAUAACCACUACUGGUUCCAAGCAAAAUUAUCCUGCCUCACAUACUAACCACAAAUCCCCCAAUGAUGUACAGUAUCAUCCUGCCUUCAGAAUUUAAGUGUUUCCUAAUGUCAUGGACCAUCGUUACCUUGGCACGCUAGCCUCCCCAGACUCAAAAGGAUGGGUCAUUGGGGUUCACAGAGUCCUCGCUGAAGACAUAGAUGAAGCACAGAUCAUGGACUGUUUUUUGCCGCAUUCAUAAACAAAAAAAUGCUGCUAAACACAAUGAUUACUGCACAGAGACACUUGAAAUUAAACAAUGACCAAAAUGAUCCAAUUUACAUUUUGUGUAACCCACUGUACCGAGUGCUCUAAUGAUUUAUCGUAGUCACAUUUAGUCUGUAUUGUAAUGCUUUGCAGCCUUUUCUCUCAACUGCCCUCAUCCAGAUCAACACAUUUCCACUUCAGGCUGAUUUUACAUCGUGUAGGCCUAAGAAAAUCCCCAGGAGAUUAAAAGAAAGUAUU